UUUCUCCUAUCCUCCACACUGCAGUCUCCUCUCCUCUUCAUCUCUCUUGCAAAGGAAGAAUGGCUUCCUUUGCUUCUUCUGCUGUGACAGUUUUCCUUGUCUUAGGCUUGGUGUCUGUGACCACCUUGGCUGGCACACCCAGGAGACCCAUUGAUGUUCCAUUCCAGAAGAACUAUGUGCCAACCUGGGCAUAUGAUCACAUCAAGUACUUCGACGGAGGCAGAGAGGUCCAGCUCUCCCUGGACAAAAAUACAGGUACUGGGUUUCAAUCUGGGGGCUCCUACUUGUUUGGCCACUUCAGUAUGCAGAUAAAAAUGGUUCCAGGUGAUUCUGCUGGAACAGUGACUGCCUUCUAUCUUUCAUCUCAGAACUCAGAGCAUGAUGAGAUAGACUUUGAGUUCUUGGGGAACAGGACCAACCAGCCCUACAUCCUGCAGACCAAUGUGUUCACCGGUGGGAAGGGUGACAGGGAGCAAAGGAUCUACCUCUGGUUUGACCCAACCAAGGACUACCAUUCCUACUCUGUUCUGUGGAAUAUGUACCAGAUUGUCUUCUACGUAGAUGAUGUGCCCAUCAGGGUGUUCAAGAACAGCAAGGACUUGGGAGUGCGGUACCCGUUCAACCAGCCCAUGAAGAUCUACUCCAGCCUGUGGAACGGGGACGACUGGGCCACCAGGGGCGGCCUGGAGAAGACGGACUGGUCCAAGGCGCCGUUCGUCGCCGCCUACCGGGGCUUCCACAUCGACGGCUGCGAGGCGUCGGCGGAGGCCAAGUUCUGCGCCACCCAGGGCAUGCGGUGGUGGGACCAGAAGGAGUUCCGGGACCUGGACGGCCUGCAGUACCGCCGCCUGCAGUGGGUCCGCCAGAAGUACACCAUCUACAACUACUGCACCGACCGGAAGAGGUACCCGGCCAUGCCGCCGGAGUGCCGGAGGGACAGAGAUGUGUGAUCCGGCGGUGUUGAGCUUCUUGUAUGCAUCAUCGUGCUUGCGUUUCUUCUUCCAGUUCCUGCUAUUGCUUGUAAUAUUUGUGCCUCGUUUCCGGUUUAUCCCGUCACAUAUGGAUCUUUGGAUGUACAAUGCGAAGCUAUUUUAUGGGAUAUAUCAGCAUUAUUAUUAUUAUUAUUAUUAUUA